AUGCACCGAGUUGUUAAUGUCAAACUCUACCAUUGGCAAAAACUCACUCCAACUCUUUGUGGCGUGGCUGUAGGCGCGACGAGGUCGUCCCUCGUGACGCACUUUGCCAAGCGAGACAAUAUGGCAGACUGUGCGGCCAAAGAAGGGUCGCAAGAGACGGCCGUGAAGCUCUGUGGACUCAUUGUCGGCAUAUACUGUACGAUGUAG